AUGGUCUCAGUUCUGGUGACGCUUGUUUUACUGAGCCGUCUGAGGGCGCGAGCACGCGAGGAGCGGGAUGGGACGCGGCUUCCAGCGCGCACCGUGGAGCCCACAUCGCACGCGUCGCAGUGCGAGGCAGAGCCGACUAAAGCAGGGAGCGGGAUGCCAGACCAGCCGGCCAGGAGCAACGCCGCUGGGAGGCAGCCCCUCACUCCGCGUCUGAGCGCUGGGUGGGAUUCUCGCCGAGAGUCGAGCCUCAUUUCUGUCGGCUUCGGAGAGGAGAACUGA